AUGUUGACAUGUAUGGCCAUCCUCACAGCAUUUCUUUUUACGUGGCUAUUGUUAGGCCGAGUUCUUUCAAGUAAUACUGUUGCAGUGGAAAAAAAUAUUAUUAGUGUUGUUGGCAAUGGCGGAGGCGGUGCUUAUGUGCCAUCAAAAGAAAAUUCAAAUGUUCACUAUGGUGUUGUUGUAGAUUGUGGUAGUAGUGGAACACGAUUGUAUAUUUACGUAUGGCCAGAACAUUCUGGAAAAAAAAAUAAUUUACUUCAGAUAAAACAAUUAUUAGAUAAACAGGGUGUACCAAUUGUUAAAAAGCUCGAACCAGGUCUAUCAUCAAUGGUUAAAACACCAGGAAAUGCGACGGAAUAUAUGAAAUCAUUGCUAGACUUUGCUGCAGAAGUUAUACCAAACGAUAAACAUCGAGAAACACCUCUAUAUAUAUUUGCAACAGCUGGUCUGAGAUUCUUAGCCCCCGAUGAGCAAAAACAGAUACUAGAAGAUUUAUUUACAGAUAUUGUACGUGAUUAUCGUUUUCAAAUUGAAAAAACACAUAUACAAGUCAUACCGGGCAAAUUAGAAGGCAUUUAUAGCUGGAUUGCAAUCAAUUAUGUUUUAGGGAGAUUUGAAAGUAAUUCAACUGAUUCUGUUUCUGUAUCGGACGGUCAUUCAAUAAGUAUAUCACAACAACGUCAAUCGACAGUUGGUAUUCUUGAUAUGGGUGGUGCAUCUGCUCAGAUUGCCUUUGAAGUUGCUUCGGAUACACCACUUGACAGUGAUGAUGUGGCCGAAUUUUCAUUGGGCACAGAUGAACAUAGUAGUUAUUUCAAAUAUAAAAUAUACGUGACAACAUUUCUUGGUUUUGGUGCAAAUAAAGCGUAUGAUAAAUAUAUCGAGCAAUUGAUUGUAACAAGCUAUCCAGCAUUAAAUUCUUCACAAAAUUCAACAAAUGAGUAUGUUAAUACCGCUGCUUGUUUACCAAAUGGAUAUAUAACCAAAUAUGAACGUUCCAAUCGAACAAUAACCCUGUAUGGUAAUGGUAGUUUUUCUAAUUGUGCAAAAUAUGUUUUACCCCUGUUAAAUUUAAACGCAUCGUGUUCACGAGCACCAUGUUCAUUAAAUGGUGUCCACCAACCACUCAUAAAUUAUGAAACAGCAGAUUUCUAUGGUUUUAGUGAAUUUUGGUAUACGAUGGAAGAUAUUUUACGGAUAGGUGGACCAUAUAAGCAUCAAACAUUUCUCAAGGCAUCGAUGAGUUACUGUGGUUCAAACUGGACAACGAUUCGCUCAUGGUAUGCCAAACAUUUAUUUCCAAAAGCUGAUUUAAAUCGCUUGUUGCUGCAAUGUUUCAAAUCAGCUUGGCUUUAUGCAUUUGUACAUGAUGGUUUAAAGUUUCCCAUGGACUACAAAGGAUUAAAAUCAGCCUCUUUGGUUAACAAUCAUGAUGUUCAGUGGACCCUAGGUGCCAUUUUAUAUAAAACGCGUUUUCUACCGUUAAGAACAAUUAAUCACAUUCACUCAGCGACUCAUUAUCGCCAUACUCACCAACACUCGUCAACAGUAAUUUCUAUUAUAUGUAUUAUAUUUAUUUUUCUUUGUCUAUUACUAUAUCAACAAAAAAUUCGUUCUAAAUUACGAAUGUAUUUAUCUCGACGUAAUAAUAUAUUAUAUGGUAAUACCAAUGGCUAUUCAAAUUCAAAUAAUAAUCGUUAUCAACAAUUAUCUUCUGUUAUCAUAUCUUCCACAGCAGCUCCCUCUUUAAUUCCGACCAAUGGAAUAGCCAACAGGCUACGGAGUGUGUAG